AGGGACCCUAGUCUACCUGAUUGAUUUGCUGACACAGGCUGACAACGUCCCCUCUUUUGUUAGAAAACCGGUAUGGUGUCGUGAUCAUUGGAUCGACGGGGUUGUAUACAACAUAUACAUGUCGACAGACGGCCGGGGAAUAACGUGAUUACUCGCUCUUGCCGCGUUUGGAGAAGAGUGUCUCGUGCCAGAAUCCCACAAACUAGCUUCUUGACAAUAGAAUAGAAGAGCUUCCUCCCUCAUUCGAUUUCCACAGACGGAAACUUUCUUUUUCUUGUUUCCUGUCCAUCAUCAUGGCUGAGGAUCAUCAACCAAAGCAGCAGCCGCAGCAGCUUCAUCCACCGCCAAUUACCACUUCCCAAGCUAAUCUCAGCUCUGUCCGGCUUCAGCAUUUCAAUUUCCUGGCACCAGCCGGGCAGCUUCCACCGCCGCAACAAGCGACCUCAGGACCGCCUGCCCAACACUUCCCAGCUGGUGGUGUUGGACCUGAAAGACGACAUUAUUCAUUUGAUACCGAUACCGAGUCUCAGCGGUAUCCGUUGGGAAGCGUACCGGCCGUGGAAUAUGACCAGACUGAGGGUCUAGGGGGUUUAUCAGUGAGCUCGUACGAUAGUAUUGACGACGACCGGAUAGAUCCAGCUAUGCGUGGAUAUCCUUAUCAUCAUGGAGACAAACACAUCAACUAUCACGCCCCAGACCACGAUGUCCCCUACAUGGCCAACUCCCUCUACCCGGGAAACUCCUAUUCCGUCGAAGAUAGUGGCUAUCCACGUGGCGGUCAUCCGGCACCUGGAGCCGGCGGCGGAGGAGACCGUACCCCAUCCGACAUAUCCUCCUCCAUAAGCCCACCAAACGGGCAAAUCGGCAACAAUAAAUACAGCACAAUCCCGCCCGGAGAACGCCUAGCACGCGCCCUGAGUAUCGAGGAACAGAACCGACUGGCAAUAGAAGAAGAUAAACGACGCCGAAAUACAGCUGCCAGUGCGCGGUUCCGCGUAAAGAAGAAACAGCGCGAACAAGCGCUGGAGCGUGCGGUGCAGGAAGCGACAGAGGUAAAAGCUUCGCUUGAAGCGCGCGUGACGCAGUUGGAGAUGGAGAACAGGUGGUUGAAAAACUUGCUAACGGAGAAGAAUGAAAAUUUGCUGUCGAGACUGGCGGCGUUGCAGCCGGCUGAUAUUGAAAAGUUGGAGCAACAGCAACAGAAUCAACAAGACUCGAGUGUCUCGUCGACUUCGUCGUCGACUUUGACGCAGGUUUCGUCUUCCAAGAAGUCGGAUUCGCAUACUUUGUCUGCCAGGAAACCGAUCAAACCGAAACCGACUGUUGGCGUGGGGACUGAUGAUGAUCAUUAGUUUCUUCUCCUUCUAUCAUACUCAAUUGUUUUUUCUUUAGUCUUGUUCUGUCUCGUGACUAAAUGGAAGGAAUGGGAGUUGCAUUGCUGUGUCGUCAACAAGGAUUAUGUUUUCAGGGGUCUAUUUUUCUUGUUUCGUUUGUUACUAUACGACCGUUACGAAUUUGUUGAUUGCUAGAAUCAUAAUGGUUUGUCGAAUAUCGACUGUCGUCGGAUCAGGGCCAUCUCAUUUUAUCUGCUCUUCAAGAACCACAUCUUAUUCCAUGAUUUGGAGGGGGAGGGGGGAAGUGUUAUACACCCGAAUACUAGAAUCAGACGACUCGUAACUUCUCAUAUUAAUAAUUAAUAAACUGAAACGAGAAGCAAAUAACCACAAAGCAAUGGGCAACCAGCCGGACCAGACAAGAUAAUCGUCCUACAAUCAGACCGUACAUGAUCAACAAUCUGUCUGUCAGCGCCCACGAGUACAAACAAAAGCAUUAUUUCGUCAAGUCAACAAAGAGAGAGAAAGAAAAAAAAAAGAAAUACUACAUAAAAAAAAGUUGAUAGGUCCAAAACGCCUUCCGGUGUUGAUGGCAACUCCUUCACAUCGCAUCAACCCAGAAAAGAAUAGGAAAGGGGGAAACUUUGUAGAUCGCAGGUAUAGACAGGACUAAUGAGUAAUUAUUCUGUUGCUUUUGGUUGGAAACGAGAGAGAGAGAGAGAGAGAGAUUAAGCAGCAACAGGUUCGCGCUCUUCAGCUCGUCCACGGACUUCUCCGUUUGCACCGCUGUGGGCAAUACUGCCGUCAUCUUCGACGAUGCCGUCUUCACUCACAUCGUCUUCAUGAUAACCAGCGUGUUGGUCAGCGGGGACCCAGGAGUCAUGAUCCUUUAGUUCUUCCGCAUCCUCAGUAUGACGUUUGAUAUUGUUUCGUCGUCGCUGAGACAAUGUACGUGAUCGUGUGGACAAGUUUGAGCGAACAGCAGCGGUAGAACUGACCCAAUUCGUGAGCGCGUCCUCACAAUCCUGAAUGAUGGCUUUGCUGGCCUCGUAGCCGUCGUAGGCCUGGCGAGUUUCUCCUGGUGUGACGGGGGUGUCGUCGAUCAAUUCGAGUAGAUGCUUUCCGUAUCCGGCGAUAAUGGCAAUCUUCUCGCAGUGUUCGCGGAGCGCAUCGAAUUGGUAGGUGAACGCAGCCUUCAACUUUUCACGAGUAAUAUUUGACAACUGUGCUUCGGCGACCAAGGACUCGGCUUCGGCACGGACCAAUUCCUGCUCGAGAACGACAAUUCGGGGUGAGUUGGGGUCCUUGUACUUGAGUUUUGCGAUUUCAUCGGUAAUCUUCUGUUUGC